AUGGCGGAGACGCUAGGAAGAGAAGCUGGGGGACGGAACCGGAUAGAAGAUCUUGAACGGCCGCAACUCGACGAUCGCUCCUACCGAAUCAUCACCCUACCAAACCAAUUAGAGGUUCUUUUGAUACAUGAGGCUGGCACAGACAAGGCAAGUGCGGCGCUGGAUGUGAACGUGGGCAGCUUCAGCGAUGCGCCUGACAUGCCGGGCAUUGCGCACGCGGUCGAGCAUUUGCUGUUCAUGGGCACUGAAAAGUAUCCCGAGGAAAACGCCUACAACCAGUAUCUGACGCGCCACGGCGGAUAUUCAAAUGCAUUCACCGCCUCCACCUCGACCAACUAUUACUUCGAGCUCUCAUAUCCCUCUUCUUCGCCCAAGAGCAGCAAGACUCCAACGCCAGAUGCGUCACAAGUAAACUUGUCAGAGCCGAAAGAGGUCUCACCGCUAUGGGGUGGACUGGACCGCUUCGGUCAAUUCUUUAUAAGCCCUCUGUUCCUCGAGGACACUGUAGAUCGUGAACUCAAAGCGGUGGAUUCCGAGAACAAGAAGAAUUUACAGAAUGACACCUGGCGGAUGCACCAGCUUGACAAAGCGUUAGCGAAUCCAGACCAUCCUUACAACCACUUUUCCACCGGUAGCUACAAGACGCUUCACGACGAGCCAAUAGCGCGAGGCGUGAAGAUUCGCGAUGAGUUUAUCAAGUUCCAUUCCACACAUUACUCCGCAAACCGGAUGAAGCUGGUCGUAUUAGGUCGUGAGAGCUUGGACACGUUGGAAACAUGGGUAGAAGAAAUCUUCUCAAAAGUACCGAACAAGGACCUUGGCAAGAACCGCUGGGAUAUGCCCGUCUACACUGAGAAGGAGCUUUUGACACAAACCUUUGCUAGGCCAGUCUUGCAGUCUCGAUCACUCCAGAUUCAGUUUGCGUACCGCGACGAAGAGAAAUAUUAUGAAUCACAUCCUUCGAGGUAUCUAAGUCAUCUGCUCGGUCACGAAGGCCCCGGUAGUAUCCUUGCACACAUCAAGGCGAAGGGAUGGGCCAAUGGACUUGGAGCUGGGGGCUCUACGCUUUGUCCAGGUUCAGGACUGUUCACAAUCAACAUCAAACUGACAGAGGAAGGCUUGAAGAACUACAAGGAGGUCACCAAACUCGUCUUUCAAUACAUUGGCUUAAUGUGCGACAAGCCACCUCAGGAAUGGGUCGUCGAGGAGCAAAUGCGCAUAAGCGAGGUUGAAUUUCGCUUCAAGCAGAAAAGCCCACCCAGCCGGACCGCGAGUGGACUGGCGGGUAUCAUGCAGAGGCCAUACGAGCGCAAAAUGCUGCUAAGCGGCCCAGCUACAAUCAAGAAAUUCGACUCUGAACUCAUUCGUGAGGCUUUGUCGUAUCUUCGGCCAGACAACUUCAGGAUGACGAUCAUCAGUCAAGAUUUCCCUGGUGGCUGGGACCAAAAAGAGAAGUGGUACGGAACAGAGCACAAGGUAGAGAGGAUACCAGAUGAGUUCCUCACCGAAAUCAAGCAAGCUUUCGAGAGCAAGAGCCGGCCGGCAGAAUUACACUUUCCUCACAAGAACGAGUUCAUCCCUACUCGGCUAAACGUAGAGAAGAAAGAGGUGGAACAGCCUACCAAGGAGCCAAAGCUCAUCCGUCAUGACGACAAUGUGCGCGUCUGGUGGAAGAAAGACGACCAGUUCUGGGUACCUAAGGCCAACGUACACAUCUAUUUCCGGACACCGAUUACGAACGUCACAGCACGCAUCACACUUCUGUGUACUCUCUACCGUGAGCUCGUCAACGAUGCCUUGGUUGAAUAUGCCUACGACGCUGAUAUAUCCGGAUUGGUAUAUGACUUUACCAAUCACAUCAAUGGUCUGUCCAUUACGGUUAGCGGAUAUAACGAUAAGCUACAUGUGUUGUUGGAGAAGGUAUUGCUCCAAGUACGAGACCUCAAGGUUUCGGAAGGUCGAUUCAACAUCAUCCACGACCGCAUGUUGCGAUCUCUGCGCAACUGGCAGUAUGGCCAGCCUUUCCACCAGGUCGGUACAUACUCACGGCAAUUCAAGACCGAAAAGAGUGUGAUGAACGAGGAGCUGCUACCCGAAUUGGAGAACGUGACCGCUCAAGAUGUUCAGCAGUUCUUCCCACAGAUCCUUGCACAAUGCCAAAUCGAGGUGCUCGCCCACGGCAAUCUCUACAAAGAAGAAGCCUUGAAGAUAACUGACCUUGUCGAGAGGACCAUGAAGCCGAGGAGAUUGCCAGCGGAUCAGGUGCCGACUCGUCGGGGUUUACUGUGGCCAUCAGGCUGCAACUUCAUCUACGAGAAGCAGCUCAAGGAUCCUGAAAAUGUCAACCAUUGCAUAGAAUACAGUUUGUAUGCGGGACAUAACUACGAUAGCGUGCUUCGCGCUAAACUAUUGCUGCUUGGUCAGAUGACUGAUGAGCCAUGCUUUAACCAAUUACGAACCAUCGAGCAGCUCGGCUACGUUGUCUUCUCAGGCUCCAGCUUCCACGACGUCUGGUCCGGAUAUCGUAUUCUGAUCCAGAGUGAAAAGGACUGCAGGUAUCUGGAGGGACGAAUUGAGAACUUCCUCACCACCUUUGAGAAGACGCUCAAUGAGAUGAGUGAGGAGGACUUUGAGAGCCACAAGCAGGCUAUGAUCAAUAAGCGCUUGGCAAAACUGAAGAACCUCUCUUCCGAGGACAACAGGUUCUGGAAUCAUAUCUACAGUGAUUCUUAUGAUUUCCUACAAGCCGAUGUUGACGCUGCAAAUCUCGAGAAGCUCACAAAGAAGGAAAUGGUUGACUUCUACGGCCGGUACAUCUCAACGUCCUCUCCCCAUCGCUCAAAACUCUCUGUGCAUCUCCAAGCACAAUCCAAGGCCAAAGAGCCCUCUCUCGAAGAGAAGAAGACAGCGGCCGUCGCUUCGCUCAAGAUCAUACUCGCAGAGCACAAAAUCACCUCCAACGAAGAAGCAUUCCAGACACGCAUCAAAGAUGCUUCAUCUACACAGGUAAUCGCAGAUGCGGUCGCCAGUCACCUAACUGAAGAUCUCAAGGUCGAAAAGGAUAUUGCGAAUAAGGUUCUGGACGAGGCAAAGGCUGCGCUUGGUGUGGCAGACUCUGGCUUACCAGCAGCGCCAACAUCGCUAGAUACCUCGGCAGAUGUCAAGAGCGUGGUUGACGCAUCGCACCCUGUGCUCAUCACGGACGUACAUGCUUGGAAGGCAGGUAUGCAAGUCAGCACCGGUGUUAGGCCAGUACGGAAUCUGGAGGACUUUGUUGAAGUCGCUGAGAAGCUCUGA